AUGCUGCUAGCCAAGUCAAAGCUCAAGCUCGGGUGUGGAAUAGCAGGCGUUUAUCUCGGGUCCCUUAUAUGUUCAGCCUUGGCCGCAUCCACUGUGCUUGAGCUAUCGGAGUCAUACGCUGAUCCAGCAAUGCCCGGACACACCCCCACCCAGAUUCUAGACGAUAUGCAGGCAAAUGUGUUUGACGGUGGACGCUGUGGAGACCAAGCUCGAGAAGCAAUUCGUCUUACAUUUCACGACGGUAUUGGCCAAUCUGUUUCACUCCGUGCUUCCGGCCAUUUUGGAGGAGGAGGAGCGGGUGAGUGUGAUCGUCAGAAUGCCACGUCUAAGGUUAAACCUUCCUCAAAAGAUGGGAGUAUAAUUCAGUUCGCCAGCGUCGAACUAGCGGACCCCGCUAACGAAGGUCUAGACGACAUUGUUUACGCACUGAAGAUUUUUGCCGACAGCCAUGAUAUUAGCUACGGGGACAUGGUUCAAUUUGCCGGAGCAGUUGCCCUAUCCAAUUGUCCUGGCAGUCCCCGGCUGGAAUUCUUUGCUGGACGGCCCAAGGCAAUUGCACCUGCACCCCCGAGACUGAUCCCGUCGCCCUCCGACUCUGUCGAGCACAUACUCGCCAGAAUGGAGGAUGCAGGCCUCAGCCCCGAAGACACUGUUGCAUUGUUGGCUGCACAUUCAGUCGCCGUCCAGAAGACAGUCGAUCCAAGUGUGUCGGGUAUGCCGUUGGACAGCACUCCUGAAGCAUUUGACACACAAUUUUACUUGGAGAUCACCGUCGUGUCUGACAAUCCCAGACACUUCUGA